AUGAUUGUGUACGAAGACAUAAUCAGCGGUGAUGAAAUGAUAACAGACAAAUUCGACCUCAAAGAGGUAGAUGGUGUCGCCUACGAGGCUGACUGCCAUUACAUUGAGGUCAAGGCCGGCUAUGACGUAGACCACGGCGCUUCCGGCGAUAGUGACAAUGACCAGGAGGAGACCGAGACCGUCCUCGAUAUUAUCUAUUCUCAAAGGCUCCAACCGACUAGCUUUGACAAGGAGUCUUACCGUCAUUACCUCGGGGGCUACAUAAAUGAAGUCAAAAGCAAAACCCAUUUUACUGACCAGGAACGGCUGGAUUUUAAGACCAAAGCUGAUGCUUUGACCAAGAAGAUCGUUAGUAACUUCAAGGACUACGUCUUCUACACAGGCGAGAGUCAAAACUCCGAGGGAAUGGUUGUCCUGCUGAGCUAUCGUGAGGACGGUGUUACCCCCUACUUGACUCUGUGGAAACAUGGUCUGAAGGGCCGGGAGGUCUAG